AUGAAGUGUACAAAAAAAGUUGAAAAAAUAGUCCACUUCAUUCAAAAAAAAUAUACAACAUUGGAAUUUGGCAGCAUAGGUGUAUCUCAUGAAGCGAUAAAUGACAUUUGUAAUGUGAUAUUCAAAAAAGGUCAUUGCAAUAAAGUUAAAAAAAAAUCAUUAGAUACUAAAACAGAAAAUAAUUCAAAUUUGCGUAAGCAGCUUGAAGAUAAUGGUUACUCGAGGAAUGAUCUUUGUAGUUUGUAUUACACAACAGAUAACGCUAAUUUGGUAUGUAAGUUAUUAAAAGUUAAAUAUAAUCAUAAAAAUCAAAUUAGAGUAUUGAAAUGUCAUGUUUUAAAGAAAAUGAAGCUUGUAGGAACUAGGAGUUCUAACAAAUCAUCUCAAAAUAACAUGUUAUGUAAAGAUAACAAUAUGAAUGAGAGUUUGGUAGUAUGUGUAAAGAGAAAAUUGUUUACAGACAGUUCUCCUCAAAAAGAAAAUAAUUAUACAUCUGAUAUAAUAGUAGAUGAGCUGGAUAUCUGUUUGAACGAAAAUGCUGAUGAAAUCAAAGAACAUGAUUUCAUUAAGUGUAAUCCUGAUUUGCUUAAUAUUUCUUUUCAAAUCAAUAAUGAUUGUCAUAGUGACAUAGUACUAUAGAAAAAAUUGGUAAUGAUAAGAGUA